AUGUUGAGCCCGCGACGCUUACACCUGGCUCUCUGCGCGCUACUGCUGCUAGCCUUUCUGAAAUCUGCCCGAUCACAAGUCGUUGCCGGUGCUGCUACAACAACAACGGUCGGUGUGGCCGCAACUACAUCAACUACAAACACGUUGGCUACAGAUACAACUACCUCGACUGCUGCUGGAGCAAACACUGAAACUUCAUCAACAACAACCAUUGGAGUCGUUGGCACAACUUCAUCUUCACAAACAACAACCAUUGGUGUUGUUGGCGUAACUACCUCAUCUUCGCAAACUACAACUAUCAAUAACCUUUUUGCAACAACUUCAUCAACACUAACAACCGAUACAUCAUCUACAACCACUAUAGGUGUUGUGGCCACCACUUCAUCUUCUUCAUCCAUAUCUUCAACAACCACUGUCGGUGUCGUAGCCACUACAUCCUCUUCAACCACUGAUACUCUUGCAACUACUUCUACUGAUACCCUUGCAACUGCUUCAACUUCUUCAACUACUACUAUUGGCGUUGUUGCUACAACCUCUUCUUCAACUACUCUCACUGAUACAACCGCCUCAACUGCUACAACUGCAUCCUCUCUUUCAUCCGCUUCAACUGCAUCCACUGCUUCAACUGCUACUGCCACAUCUAGCUCUGGUGCUGUUGAAUUCGAAGGCACUUGGUCCUCUAAGUCAAAUUCCGUUUUUACUGGUCCUGACUUUUACGAUCCCGUCGAUGAACUUCUUAUUGAACCUGCUCUUCCAGGAAUCAGUUACAGUUUUACUUCAGAUGGUUAUUUCGAGCAAGCUCUUUAUCGUGUCACAAGCAAUGCCAAAAAACAUGAUUGUCCUUCUGCAGUUUUGAUUUUCCAGCACGGUACCUGGGAAAUGCUCGACAACAAGACCCUGAUUCUUAACCCCUUUAAAGUCGACGGUCGCCAAUUGUACUCCGAUCCUUGCAACUCAACCACCUCUUCUUAUACCCGUUACAACCAAACAAUCACCUUCAUCAAGUGGGCUGUUUAUGUCGAUCCUUACCGCGGCCAGUACCGUCUCGAUCUUUACCAGUAUGACGGCUCUCCAUUGCCUCCCCUUUAUCUCGCCUACAAACCUCCACAAAUGCUCCCUACAAUUACCAUGAACCCUACCGCAGAAUCCACUGGUGAUUCCCAGGCUUCUGCAACUUCUAACACCGCCUCUGCUACUGCAACUAACUCGUCGCUCCGCAGAAGAAUAAGACGGUCUUUGGAAAAUAGAAAUAAAACUCCUGCUGUCAAGAAGCAAAAGACUAAUUACGAUAUGAUUUGGUGGACUGGUAUUGUUCUUAUGGGUGUUGGAACAACAGGAUUGUUUAUCUUUUAA